GUCAGUUCAAUUUGAAUUUCCUGUGCAGCAGUUGAUUUUUUUUAGGAACGUGAAAAGUCUCUUUAAUCGUAAAGUGCGAACAAAAAAUAUAAUAAUUCUAUUUUGUAUUAAUCAAAAGAAAAUAUUAAUAAUGGAUGCGUCAUUUAAAAAUUCAUCACCACAAAUUUGUGGAUUUUAUUCCAUUACACCGGAUAGAGAAUAUGAUUCUACUGCAUCAUCCUUGCGUUAUUUUAAAAAACCAAAAGUCUUUCCUCUCGAUCUCAAUAUAGGAAUUGAAACCAUCAGAUAUAAACCAGAUUCUUAUUAUAAAGAAAAAAUGGACAGCAUUCUUACUUAUAUUGUUAAGCAUAAAGCUGAUCUUUUAAAUGGAAAGAAAACUAAUGCACUUAUUCCAUCGACAAAAUAUAUAACUUAUCGAGGUGUUAUUAGAAAGAUUAUGUGUUCACCAUUUGAGAAACGAAGUGGUUGGUGCAUAUUGGCAACUAAAUAUAAAAACAAUAUAUAUAUGUGUCAACUGACAAGGGAAGAAGUUUUGGAAGCUUUUAAUAAUGAGCCAAUGUCGACCAAGAGGUUUUGCUAUUAUGGUCCAAAGUUUGAACAAUACUGUUUAACGGAUGAUCCAGCUUCAAUGCCAAAUACAUCGCAACAAAUUGAUGCACGUGAACAAUUUUUUUGUGUUUUCAAAAGGAAGCUGGUAGGACGUGAUUUUCUUUUUGCUGGAGAAAUGGAUGGUAUUGUUAGCGACAAACGUGUUACUUUAAAAAAUCAAGAUGAUUUACAAAAACUUAAUUUUAUUGAACUUAAAGUUUCUGCUGAUCCUUCAGCUUCUUAUCAUGGCCCUCGAAAUUUCAAACAAAAGAUACAAAAUGUUUGGACUCAAAGUUAUCUUUCUGGAGUUAAGGAUGUCUUCUUUGGAAUGAGAGAUGGAAACGGGUUAGUUCACAAAAUCCAACACUUUUCGACUGAUGAAUUGCUUCGUCUAGGCCAAACAUCUUGGGACCCUUUAAAGUGUUUUAAAUUCUUGGAAGAAUUUCUUAAGCUAGUCGAAGAGAAAAUGGCAAACAUUGAUUGUCCCAACACUGUGUUUGAGUUUAAUUUUAACGAAAAAACCGUACAAACCACUUGUAAGGAACAUCAUGGAAAAACUGAACUAAGCUUGAUUCCAAAUUGGUAUUUGAAUGCAUUUAAUAAAUAAAUUAUGUAUUUAGAUAUAAAAGAAAAUAAUGCAUUUUGCUAAAUUAUAUUAUAACCUCUAACAUUUUAAAACCAUCACAUACUUAACAUAUUUUUUUACUUUCAAUAAAUAAUAAAUAAAAGAA